AUGAACACACGCUCUCACGGAUCGUCCAACAUACAAUGGAUUAACAGGAAAGACAUGAAUGUCCGCACAGAGGACGGCAUAAGCCUGUGCCAAAGGGCUCUCCAAAUAGUAACGGAGCUGUGCCUCGCCGGGCACGUCGAUCAGGAGAAAUGCGCGGGUAUAUUUCCACUGGAGAGCAACAUACCAGGUAAAGGGAAUUCAGACAUCUCUGUAAGUCUCCUAGCUGUGGUUGUAGGUUUCUGUGGGCUGGCCCUUUUGGUAGUCUCUCUCUUUGUAUUUUGGAAGCUGUGCUGGCCCAUUUGGAGAAGCAAGGCGCUCUUGACCAAUGCUGACAACUGCCCCCAGGGGGUGCUACCUGAGGCACCCCCGGCCCUGCAUCUGGUGUCUCGUUCUGUUUCUCCUCCUCCUGAUGCCAAGGCAGUUGCAAUUAAGAAAAGAAAGGUGCCGGAGGUAAAGGUCAAUGGCCGCAGCUCGGUUAAGCUUCUGGAGGCAGCCAUGAAGAUCAGUCAGACGUCACCAGACAUUCCUGCUGAGGUACAGCAGGCUCUGCGUGACCGUCUGAGUAAGCAGGGCAAGAUCCAGCGGCAGACUACUGAACCUACCUCUUCCUCCAGGCACAAUUCUUUCCGCCGACACCUGCCACGGCAGAUGAAUGUGACCAGCAUGGAUUUCCCCAUGGAUACUCUACCUGUGCGGCAGUCUUCUACGGUCAGUAUUGGCCGUAUCAAACCUGAGCUUUACAAGCAGAAGUCAGUGGACUCUGAAGACGGGACCAAGGAGCCGGUGGAAACCUGUGGGAAGCUGAGCUUCGCCCUCAACUACGACUAUGAGGAGCAGGCUCUUGUGGUUCGCAUUCUAAAGGCCCUGGAUCUGCCUGCUAAGGACUUCACAGGCACCUCCGACCCCUACGUGAAGAUCUACCUGCUUCCUGAGCGCAAAAAGAAAUUUCAGACAAGGGUCCACCGCAAGACGCUCAACCCCACAUUUGAUGAGGUGUUCUACUUCUCUGUGGAGUACAGUGAGCUGUGCAAUCGCAAGUUGCACUUCAGCGUGUACGACUUUGACCGCUUCACGAGUCAUGACAUGAUCGGUGAAGUGGUGGUUGAUAACCUGUUUGAGCUUUCUGACCUAUCACGUGAAGCUGUGGUUUGGAAGGACAUCCUUGCCGCCACUACAGAGAGUGUGGAUCUGGGUGAAAUCAUGUACUCCCUUUGCUAUCUUCCCACGGCUGGACGCAUGACUCUUACCGUAAUCAAAUGUCGUAAUCUAAAAGCCAUGGACAUAACUGGAUACUCAGAUCCUUAUGUUAAAGUCUCCCUCAUAUGUGAUGGCCGGAGACUUAAGAAGCGGAAGACGACCACCAAAAAGAACACACUCAACCCUGUCUAUAACGAGGCCAUCAUUUUCGACAUACCACCUGAGAAUGUGGAGCAGGUCAGCCUGUCAAUCAUGGUGAUGGAUUAUGACAGAGUUGGACACAAUGAAGUGAUAGGGGUGUGCAGGGCAGGGCCAGAUGCGGAGGGUCUUGGGAGGGACCAUUGGAACGAGAUGCUAGCUUACCCACGGAAGCCCAUCACCCACUGGCAUGCACUGAAUGAGUGGCCAGGAAGAGCAUCCAGUUUUGAGAGUCAAGGAUCAUGUCCAUCCCCCAAACCCCAACAGACCCCAUAA